AUGAUUAAUGAAAUUUUAUCAAUGAUUGUCUUGGUAAUAAUAGCAUUUUUCAUUGCCAUUAUUAUCAAAUACGCUAUCGAUUCAUAUAUGAUGGAUUAAGAAUCAAGCAAGGAUUAAACUUAUAAAAUUUUUAAUACAAAUGAACUUCAAAAGAGGCAGAAUCUUAAAGAGAUUCAAUAAGAACAGGAAUUAAUUUAAGAAAACACAAUGUAAAAUGAAGAGGAUUACAAUGACAAUUAAUAAAAAACAAUAUUUUCAAUAAACAAAAUUUCAACUCCCGUAUGUAAUUUAAAUCAAAGUAAUUAAGAACAACCAAAUUUUGAUAAAAAUUCAAAAUAAGAAAAGUAAAUAGUGAAUAAAAAGAGUGAAAAAUUCUUGAUUGAAGACAUUCAAAUUCAAACAACUUAAUUCAGAAAAGCAUUUGAAAACUAAAUUUAAAAAGAAAAUUAUUAACUAUUUAUUUAAGCAUAAGAAGAAAGUAAGUUGGUCUUAAACCCAAUUAUGCCCAAAUUAGCUAAGAAUUAAUAGGAUGAUUUUGAGAAUUGGAUUUUAGGUUUAUACAAUAUUCAUAAUAAUUACAUUCCAGAUGAAGUUUUUAUAAGCUAAAUAUUAAACUAAAAUUAAUUAGAAAAAGAACUGGGAGUGAAUAAUUAGAGAUUUUCAAUAAAAUUAAGGGAAAGCUUAAUUGGAUUUAGAAAAGUAAAGUAAGAUCAUAACAGUCUUUUUGCCGCCUUAUCUUUUUCAUUUUUGGAAAAUGCUUUAAAAUCCCCAAACUUGAAUCAAUUAGAAAAUGAAAUGAGUUGGAUCAAAACCAUGAACCUAGUCAUCAAGAGUAGGUAAUUUUAGAUGGACUAGAAAAUGUUUUAGAAUCAUCAAAUCUACUUUUUAUAAAAAAUGGUAGAAAUCUAUUAAACUGAGUAUCCAGUUAAUAAUUUGGAACGAUUAAUGAAUGAUAGACAAAGCCAAUUUUAUGGGCUUUCUAUUAUUUACUUUAGAAAUUUAAUAUCAUCAUUAUUAAAUAAUUAAGGGGUUGGUGGAAAUGAUGAAGCAGAAGAGAUUUUGUAUUGGGAAAGUGAAUUGAGCGAAGCUAAUAAAAUUUUUGAAUUGUUAGCUGAAAGACUGAAAAUGUACAAUUUUAGAUUAUAUUUAGUUAAAUUCACGAAUACAGCAUUAAUAAAUUGAAAGGUUAAGUAGAGAUAAUAGUUUAUGGAUAAGAUGAUGAUAGAUAAAUACACUUACUUUGUUCAGAUGAGCAUUAUGACAUAGGGAUCGGAAUGAAUGAUUGA